UCUUUCUGCGCCUGCGCAAGGGAGGCGCUAGGCUCGGGUCUCUCGCUGGUUCCGCCGGAAGCGGCUUCCGGAUGCUGGGGAGCGCGGUGCGGACGCUGGCCGGUGCGGUGAUCGGUAGAGGAGCCGCCCGAGGCGGCUCUGCAGCAGCUGCCGCCAUUCCUCUUCUUCCGCUGGCCGGGCGGAGCGCGCAGGGCCGGGAGAGCGCCCUGUCCUCGGCCGCCGCCGCCCUGCGCGAGGGAGGCCUGGUGGCCGUGCCCACCGACACCGUCUACGGCAUCGCUUGCCUGGCGCAGGACUCGCGCGCCCUGCAGGCCGUCUACCGGCUGAAGGGGCGAGACGGAGCCAAGCCGCUGGCCGUCUGCCUGGCCGACGUGGGCCAGGUGCACAGGUAUUGCAAGGUGGCCGUGCCUGACCAGCUCCUUCAUGAUCUUCUCCCGGGGCCCGUGACGCUGGUCCUCGAGCGCUCCCAGAACCUCAACCCAGACCUCAACCCCUUCACACCUCUGGUCGGCAUCCGGGUCCCUGAUCACUGGUUCAUCAGAGAGCUGGCUGGGUCAUGUGCCACCCCCUUGGCCUUAACAAGCGCAAACAUAAGUGCUCAAGCAAGCAGCCUGGCUGUUACGGAAUUCCAAGAGCUUUGGCCCCACCUGGCACUGGUGGUGGAUGGAGGCCCGAUUGGGGACCCACAGAGGCCAGAAUGCCGUCUGGGCUCCACAGUGGUCGACCUCUCCGUCCCUGGCAAGUUCAAGGUCAUUCGGCCAGGCUGUGCACUUACCCAGACUGUUGAUAUCCUGGUAAAGAAGUAUGGUUUAACAGCUGAGCUGCCUGUUUUAUAAAACUCGUGCAGGGAGCGCAACUGAGUGCCCUGUGGCUUUUCAGGAAAUGGCUUUUGGCAGACUUGUUUUAAGGACAAGGAGUAUAAUUUUGCCCAGGCAGAAGCUGUUUGAUGAAAAAGGACACAUACCCCUUCCACUAAUUCCUGUGUAUACUUACAGCUUGAAAGUCUGCCUUUUUUGUAACUCGGGAGGUGGCUCCAUAGGUAACAUGAUCUCUCUGAAACGUGGAGUUCUUUGUACUGGACACAACUAAAAUGGAAAAAUUCUUCAAUGUGAAGUGGUUGGUCCUCUCUCCAUUGAUAGAACUGGCGGUUUGUGUGAGCCAAAGUUUGAGGGAUUCUAUCAGGCUUCUUUAAAUUGACUGAUGUGUACCAUUGGGCAUAUGGUGGGAAUAGGCAACUGCAAGGGCAAACCAGAGAGAUGCAAGGAACUAGAUGGUGGGUUGGAAGUAUGUUCCUUAGUAGGGACCAAUCUGUCUUUAACCCCACCUCUGCAGAGCAGAUGUGGUCUGUAGUAUAUAACAGGCUGCAUUUGGACCAUUGUAAUUAAAAUGGAAACUUUGUGCAAA